AUGAAGUCGAGUAUCAUUCUAGGAGCGGCACUUACUGUCGCCCCGGUGUGGGGACAGGGACAUACCCUCACAUCUGAGACGAUUGAGAAAAUGGGCAACAACAGUCUCUUCGAUCGUUGGAGGCCAACAUCUCAUUUCCUUGCGCCAGCAGGAUGGAUGAAUGUAGGUUGUUCUUUCCAAAUGGAUACUGUUGCAACGUCUCCUGGGGACAUGCUACAUCCCCCGAUCUCAUCACUUGGACAGAUGUCGACCACCAGCCCGACAACGACAUUCCAGCGUGGAAAGACACAGAAGCCCAAUCCAUCGGAACAACCAACUCGACAGGCAGUGGCAAGCAUAAUCCCGCGCCUAUACAACCACCUCGCCAUUUUCUCCGGUGGUGCUCAACCCGUCAGUCUAUCCGGUGAAGUCGACGGUACAAUCCUACUCUUCUACACCGGCGCCUCCAGCCUGCCCACGGCAUGGAACACGCCCUACGCUCGUGGAACAGAAAGUCAGGCCCUCGCCUACUCUACAGAUGGUGGAAUUACGUGGGAACAUUAUGAGAAUAACCCAGUCAUCAGCGAGCCCCCAGGGAACUGGAACAUCACCGGCUGGCGUGAUCCAUACUUUGUCUCGUGGCCAGAGCUGGACAAAGUGCUCAAUGCGACCGAGCCUCACUUCUACGCCGUAUUUGGCUCUGGCAUCCGUGAAGUCGGUCCUCGUAUGCCUCUUUACAAAGCCCCUGCGUCAAAUCUCACCGACUGGACCUUUAUGGGUGCGCUGUGGGAACCGAAGAAGAACACUUCUCUGGGUAGUAUCGAGGAAACAGGAUCCUAUGGGUUCAACUUCGAACUGUCCAAUUUCUUCUCUAUUGGCGAUCGCUACUUCGUCAGCAUGGGUGCAGAGGGAGGCAACGUGAGCUUCCACCAGAACAAGUGGUCACUCUGGAACGAGGGUACAAUUUCCGUCCGCUCGAAUGGAAGCAUUGCCUUUGAGCCGGUGUCCGGUGGUGCCAGCGAUUGGGGCUUGUUAUACGCGAUCUCAUCAUUCAACGACACAAAGAACGACCGUCGUAUACAAUGGGGUUGGGCUCAGGAAGAUCUCAACGACUUUGCCGCCGUGCAACAAGGAUAUCAAGGCGCAUUCGCUUUACCCCGAGAAAUCUUCAUCCAAGAUACUCCAAAUGUGAUCCGGACCUCCUCUUCCAAAGAAGACACCCUCGGCAACGCACGCUUCUUCAAAAACGCCAAUGGAACAUGGACAGCCAGCACACUCGGCGUCCGCCCAGCCCCAGAUGUCGUAACUGGUCUCCAGCACAGCGCAAAUCAUACGAGAUAUCCCUGCAACGCUCGAAGCUGCAAGACAAACAACAUCAAACUACCAAGCCACCCCUCCAACUCCUACCAGCUUAGUCUAAGCAUCAAGCGCACCACCGGCGUGGCUGGUAUCACCAUCGCCGCAUCGCCGAAUCGAGAAGAGUAUACGAACAUCUACUUCGACCCAUCGAAUAACACAAUUGGCGUCGACCGCGCGCAUUCAUCUCUUAUCAAAGAAUUCACAAACUACACCCAUGCGGGAUAUUUCAAGCCGUAUCAGAUUGCUCAGGGCAAGAACUCUUCUUCUACCGAGACCAUCGAUCUAACUAUUUUCGUGGAUGGCUCUCUAAUCGAAGUCUACGCCAACGACCGCUUUGCCCUGACGAGUCGGAUUUAUCCCAGUCGCGAGGAUAGUACGGGUAUUUCCUUGUUUGCGGGAGAGGGUGUUAAUGUUGAGUACUCCAGGAUCGAGAUUUGGGAUGGAUUGCUCAAUGUUUGGCCUGAGCGGCCGGGGAAUAGUAGCUCAUUGUUGGUUUUUGAUACACCUGUUGAGACGGGGAAUUAUACUUGGUGGACUGGGAAUUAA